AUGAUGCAAGAACCAAGUUUUGAUGGAGAAGUGUUUGAUGAGACUGCUAAUUCUUUCAAGGAAUUGAAGUUUGAGAAACAAACAGCUUUUCUGGAUCUGUCUGAAAGAGAGAAAAUAAAAAAUUUGGAUGGUGCGUCAGAAGAAACUCUUAUGGUGUUUAAUAUGCUGCAAGAACCAAGUUUUGAUGGAGAAGUGUUUGAUGAGACUGUUAACUCUUUCUUCUGUAGAAAUAACCUUGCUGGUUUUAAGGAAACAUCAGAAGCUGAGAAAAUGGAAGAAACCUCGACUGACAGGACGUCAAAAGCAUUAGAGGCAAUCUCGGAUAAUGAGUAUUUAGUUCUUAGGUCUGGUUCUUGUGAAGAAACAGUCGUAAAUCAGAAACCUGGUCAGGACUCGGGUGCCGAAUCCAACAACAAAGCUGUGUUAAUCUGUGUAACACCAGUUGCCGGACACGACAUUAAAGAACGCUGUGCAGGUUUAGAAUGUGCACACGAGUCUGAAGUGGAACUUUGUACAGUGUAUAAUGAUAUAUCACCUCAGGUGUUCGAGACAAUUUACGUAUCUCUGUCCUCUCUACAAGUUCUUCCUGUUUAUGGUUUUGUUGAAGCUGUUUGUAAUGAAGAAAAAACGAAAACUGAACAAGUAAAACAAAGUGAUGAUCAGAAAGAGACUCCAGAUGAAGCUUGUAGCUUCGAAAGUGAACAAAGAGAAGGAAAUCUGGAGACAUACCAAUAUCGUACUGAAGACACUAACAAUUAUCAGCAAGAACUGAAUAAUCUCAAUUCAAUGCUUGAACAAAAAACUAAAGAACUAGUUAAACUUGAGAAAGAUUUCAAAGGGCAGGAAAAUGAACUUUGGAGUAGGGUGAAAGAAAUGGAGUUACUUCUUGAGACAGCUGAAAAUUCUAAAGUUGGGAUGGAAGCAACUGUUGUGGAAUUGGAACACAAAUUGACUUCGAAAGAAAAUGAAUUUGCUGAACAAAUUCAAAACAUGGAAGAGCAGCUGUCGUUUGACAAUUGUGUAAUUAGUAACCUGAAAAAGGACGUCAGUGUCGUACAAGAAGAACUUCUUACAGUGAAAGAAAAGAGUAAUCAAAUAGUAAAACAACUUAAGGAACAAAUGGAGAAUCUAAACGACAGUGAGAUAAAUAAAUGUCAAGAUGAUAGUGGUAACUCCAGACCAUUUUUAUUUGAAAUUGAAGAUCCUGUUAGUCUGCUGGAAACAUUUUUCAAACUAGUGGUAGCUAGAGAGGCUAGGUCGAUUGAAGGAUUGAAUGGUGAGCUAGAGAAAUGUAAAAAAGAAUUAGAUAAUAAAUUUCAAGAACAAGCGGAACAGGAAAGGAAGGGAGAAGAAUUGGUUAACGAAAUUAAUUUAGUGAAGGCUUUGCUAGAAGAGAAAGAAGUAUCUCUUGCUUUACUUACAGAAGAGAAAGAAGAGGAGAGAAUAAAAAAUAUAGAAGAGUUGGAAAGAAAAUGGCAAGAUGAAGUAGAGUCAAUACAGAAAAAACAAGAAGAAACACUAGAAUUACUGAAGAUAGAACAUGAAAGUGAGAAGGAGUUAAUUAAAGAAAACUUGUACGGAAACUAUGAAAUGCAGAUUACAGAAUUAAGAAAAGAAAUUGAAAGAAAAAAUUGGGAAUUUGAACAUUUAGUGUCAGAACAAGAAUGCGAGUUGAAAAAGCUGAAUGAGAAAGAGAUGAAUGAACUGAAAAGGAAAAUUAUUGAAGAAAAUGAAAACCAAAUAACUAUUUUGCAAAAGGAUAUUAAAGAUAAAGAAAUAGAACUUGAACUUUUAAAGACAACACACGAAGAAAAACUACAGCCUUUUCAUCGUUUAACUUCUUUACAGGAAAAGAGAGAAUUGAAAAUCAAAUUAUCAGAAGAGAAUGAAAACCAAAUAUUUUCUUAUCGUAAGGAGAUAAAAGAAAAGAUCGAAGAAAUUAUGUUUUUAAAGAUAAAACAUGAAGAAGAAAUAGAAAGAAUCAGACAUGGAAUGGAAAAUGAAAAAAAAUCUUUGAAUGAUGAAUACAGUUUGGAAAUUUCACAGUUAAAAGAACAGAUUAGAAAACAAAAUGAGGAGCUUCAGAGCGUGAUGUUGCAGAAUGAGCAGGAAAUAAAGAAGACGAACGACCAGAAAGGAAACGAGACGAGUGAUCUUGAUUCUGAGGAUAAUAAAAGCAAAAUAGAUGCUCUGUGUAGAGAAAUUGAAGAAAAGGUAAAAGAACUUAAUCACUUAAAAAUGAAACAUAACGAAGAACUCCAAACUAUGAGACAGAAAAUGCAAACUGAUAAAGCGGCUAUGCUAAAUGGACUACUCAGAGAAAAUCAAAAGUACGUGGACCAGUUUAAAAAAAAUAUGAAUGAGAAGAUUAAAGAAUCUGUGAAAAUGGAGGUUCAAGCAGCUAAAGAAAGUGCUUGGAAUCAAUACUGUAAUGAAAUUAAAGAAAAAGACAAGAUUCUAAAACAGUUGCAGGAAGAGAUAGAAGCAUACAAGACCCAUCUUAAAGACGUGAACACCAAGUUGGUUCCAAACUUUGGAGGAGCUGGAAACAUCCCGCCAGACACAACCCAGUUGUCUAACUUAAAAGAACUAGAAGAGGCAAGAAAAGAUUUAGUGAAGUUAAACGAGGAAGUAUCGGCUUUAAAUUCAGAAAAAGAAGCCCUGGAGUCUCAGGUACAAGAGUGGAAAUCCCAGUAUGAGUAUAUGGAUCAACAACGUUUGAUAAUGAGUGGCUUUUUAACACAAUACAGGGAAAAAUCGGAAAAACAGAGCCAAACGAAGGUGGAAACCGACCCUUCAUUAGUUCUCGGAGAGAUUUCUGGGAACAAGAGUAACUUGACAGACCAGAGUAAUGCCGUCCAGUUAGAACUCACAGAAACAAAGCAGUUAUUGAACCAACUCAGAGAAAAACUUGAACAGAAAGAUAAAGAAGAGAUUCAAAAAGAG